AUAAAGAAUCAAUCGGUGGCCGAUUUUUUAUACAAGAAUUAGCAGAUACACAUCUCAGCUUUAUAUUAAAUUUAGAUUGGUUUCAGCCAUUUGAUGGCACUCAAUAUAGUACUGGUGUAAUCUAUAUGGCUAUUUCUAAUCUACCAAGAGAACUUCGAUUUAAAGCAGAAAACAUAAUGAUUCUUGAUAUUUUACCAGAUGGUGUUCAAAUUUCAACUUAUGAGAACCUAUCUGAAAAGAUAAUCUGGGCAGCAUUAAUUUUAUAUUCAUGUGAUAUACCUGCAGCUCAGAAACUUUGUGGCUAUAUCUCAGCAUUAGUAUCUUGCUAUCAGUGUGAAAAAAAAGCACAAUAUGAAGAUAGACAUCACCAUUUUGGAGGUAUAGAUGAUAUGAGAGCCGGCAAAUAG